AUGAGAGUCCAGGAGGUGCCUCUUUUGGGUAGGAAGUUCACUUGGGCCCGGGGAAAAUCACGAAGCAAAUUAGAUAGAGCAUUCAUCGACCAAGAGUGGAGUUUCAAGUUCCCUGAUUUAAACCUCAAAGCACUCCCCAACACAAUCUCCGAUCAUGCCCCCAUACCCUUAUCUUUGGCAGCCUAUUCUCCCGGGGUGAGACCCUUCAGAAGCAUUGAUGUGUGGUUUUUACACCUUGAUUUUACUAAAUUGGUUAGAGAAGAAUGGAGGGCAUUGGGGAACAUGCCGAUUCACAUGAAAUUGAAAGCACUGCAACUGCCUCUGAGGAAGUGGAACAGAGAGACGUUUGGGAAUAUUGAUGAUGCAAUCAAGAAAUUUGAGGUCGAGCAGCUGCUAAUUCAAGAAAAGAUUGAUUUGAGGGGAGGAGACGAAGGCAAGCUAUUGGAAGCAGCUUUUCAGAGACAUUGGAUUACGGGAGGGGAUCGUAAUACUAAAUAUUUUCACGCCGUCGCCCUCACAAGAAGAAGAGUUAAAAGAAUGGAGCUCAUUAAGAGUGGUGGCGGGAUGUUAAAGAAACCGAGAGGGGUGAAGAUUGCAAUGUUAAAGUUUUUCAAGGAGCUCUACAGACAAAAGCCCGCCCCUGCCAAGAAUUCAUAUGGAUACUUCUCCCCUUCCAAGGGUCAACAGCCACCAGGUUACAAUACUUCAGUCGAGAACUUCGUAAGAUGA